UAUCAAAUCUCAACUUCUCAAAUUUUCUGUUGGAACAAUGGCGGGAGAAGAAGGAGAGUUUUGGGAAAAGGAUCGUCUUCUUUCCGAGUCAAUUUGCUCUACUUACUCUGAGACUGAGACUAGUGACAACUUCUCUGGCAGGGUAAAGACAAAUAGCGACCAAUCGAGUGACGAGACAAGCCCCAGUAUGAGCAUACUACAGCAAACAGCUCCUUUUCUGCUACUUGGCACCGACUCCCAGACACCGUCUCCCAUGCAAUCCUGGCACUCUGUGCUGGCUGAACUGAAGGGCCCCCGGAGAAUAUGGACUGUCACUCUCUUUUCUUUCUUAGCUGCUUUCUCUGCCAUACUUUCUGGAUACACGCUCGCCUUUCCUUCCUCUGCUCUCCUUGAUCUAAGGAAUAUGACCAACACGUCUCGUUUUGUCAAAGGAUCAAGCAUUGAAGAUUAUUUUGGAGCAAUGGCUCCUAUAGGUGCUAUUUUUGGAGCAGCAAUAGCUGGGUUCCUGUCUGAUGUCUUUGGUCGUAAGCUGACGUUGAUCUUAACAGGACUGCCUCAUGUCAUUGGCUGGCUGUUCUUGGCUGGAUCAUAUGACUUACAAAGCUUGAGACCAGUCUUUAUCCUUUUUUUAUUAAUCGGACGCUUCCUGUCUGGCCUGGGAAUGGGAUGGGCUAUGCUAAUUGCACCUAUAUACAUUGCUGAGAUAUCAGUCCCAGUAAUGAGAGGUUUCUACAGUGCCCUACCACAGUUGGCUCUAUCUCUUGGUAUACCUUUAGCCUAUUGUUUUGGCUAUAGCCUAAUGUACCAUCAGUCCUCGCUUAUAGCCGUUGGGAUUGCUAUCUUCUGUUCUCUAGUGGCCAUUUUUAUUCCUGAAAGUCCACGAUACCUCCUCUCAAAAGGAAGGCGAGAGAAAGCUUGCCGAGUAUUAACUGUGCUACGCGGAAAAAAGAAGUCCGUUUUAUCCAAGGAAAUAUUUGAGCUCGAUAAUCUAGUCUAUAAGCAGCGUAGACUGAGAUGCAAUGAGUGGCUCUCGGAGCUGAAACAAAGACAAGUCUUCAUUCCUCUUAUACUGUGUCUUUUUGUACUAAUAUUCCAGCAGCUCUCUGGUAUAAAUGCUCUCUUCUUUUAUGGCGCUCCUAUCCUCCAAGAAGCUGGUGUGGCUAAAUCGGAGUUCAUGGCUCUACUAGCCAUCGGUCUAACAGAAUUCGUGACGACAUUACUCACAGUCUUUAUAGUGGACCUCUUUGGAAGGAAGUACAUGCUAAUGCUCAGUAGCUUCAUUAUGAUGUGCAGCUGUACCGGAUUAAGCACUCAUUUAUACCUAAAGGACUCUGGGUCUGAUGGUUCUCCAUUAGCAAUACUCUCAGUCAUUAUGCUUAUUGUUGGGUUCUCACUUGGUCUUGGAGCCAUUCCUUGGACUCUCAUGACUGAACUGCUUUCACUACGUGUCAGAGGAUUUCUAGGCGGAGUUCUAUCCGCCGUCAACUGGGCCUUUGCUGCUAUUGUUACCGGGCUUUAUUUAGAGUUUGCCUCUAAAAGCAGCGAGAGUUUUGCCUGGUGGAUGUUUGCUGGAGUCAAUUUGGUCGCUUUCACUUUCGUUGCAUUCUUCUUGCCGGAGACAAAAGGGAAGAAACUCGAGUUUAUUGAGCAGCAGAUGAAGAACAAUUUCAAACUAUGUGUUUGAGAGAGGAUCAACUGUCAUUGCAAUUAUUCUUUAUUGUAAAUUGACCUCCACAUCCAUACUUUAUUAUGUACAUAGAAAUACAUGUAGUAAUUAUUGCUAUCAUUUUAUUAUUAUUGUGUGUAUAAAAUCAUUAUGAUUACAUGUGAAAGUUAUGCUGUUUUAGAAAGUGUUCUUUAUGAUUGAGAAUCGAUCUAAUUUCUCUCUCCACCUAUUA